AUGAGCCAAGAGCAGCCAAGGCGUCCCCAAGCUGAAGACCAGGAUCCCAUCAAGUACGGCGACGUUUUCAAUGUCUCCGGCGACCUCGCCCAGAAGCCUGUUGCUCCGCAAGACGCCGCCAUGAUGCAGAGCGCUGAAACCCGCGUGUUCGGCCAGACACAGCCCGGAGGUGUCGCCGCCUCCAUGCAAUCCGCUGCUAGGCUAAAUGAACAAGCUGGUCUUGUUGGUCACCGUGACGUCAACGACAUCACCGGCGACCGUGGUGUCACUGUCAUGGAGACUCAAGUUGCUGGAACACGCAUUGUAACAGAAUCAGUCGGUGGUCAGGUUGUGGGACAGUAUGUUCAACCGAUCUCAAAUCAACCGGCACAGGCCGGGGCGGGAGCUGGGGCAGCCGGAGAUGACGCGGUAAAAUUAACCAUAGGGGAAGCUCUAGAAGCUACGGCUCAUACAGUGGGUGACAAGCCGGUGGAGCAGAGUGAUGCCGCCGCAAUACAAGCGGCGGAGAUGAGGGCAACCGGAAGGAAUGAGAUAACACCAGGUGGACUGGCGGCGAUGGCGCAGUCGGCAGCGGCUUACAACUCGGGAUGUGCUAGGGAAGAAGACAAGAUCAAGAUGAGUGACAUUAUGUCAGGUGCGACGGCAAGGUUGGCUGCGGACAAGCCGGCGACACGGCAAGAUGCUGAAGGAGUGGUGGGUGCAGAGAUGAGGAACAACCCUAAUGUUAUGACCACUCCGGGAGGGGUGGCGGCUUCCGUAGUCGCCGCGGCCAGACUCAACGAGAAGUCAGCCAACCAGUAA